AUGGCAAAGGUAAAAGAAAGUACCAAUUUUAGUCUAAAGGAAUAUCCGUUUCCAACAGAAGAAAUUCCCAGACUUAGUAUCAACAAUCCAGAAACAGACAGGCGGAUUGCAGCUGGGCUUCCUGUGGUGAUAGAAGAUUCUCGUUUAGUACAAUCUGCAUUACACUGGGACUUGGACUACCUUCAAGAAAACAUUGGAGAUGGAAAAUUCACUGUGUACAAAUCAAAAAACAAACGAUUUCAAUACUUUGAUGACAAGAAAAUUGAUUCUAACAAAAAUUUUCAAAAACCAAUGGAACAUUUGGAUUUAACAUUUCCAGAGUUUGUAAACAAACUUAGGACAGCAAAACCUGGAAAGGACAGGGUGUAUUUACAACAAGCUCUCAAUGAGGGUGUUGGGAAAAGGAUUGUUGCUGAUUUUCUUGGUUUCAACUGGAGUUGGGUGACAGAACAACAAAAGAAAAACAAGUUUGGUCCUCUAACCUCAAAUCUGCUCCUCAUUGGCAUGGAAGGCAAUGUCACACCUGCCCACUAUGAUGAACAAGAGAACUUUUUUACCCAGAUCCGAGGAUAUAAGAGGUUCAUCUUGUUUCACCCAGACCAGUUCAAGUGUAUGUACCCAUACCCCACCUAUCAUCCCUGUGACAGACAAAGCCAGGUUGAUUUUGAUAAUCCAGAUUACAAAAGGUUCCCCAAAUUUAAGGAUGCCAAAGGUUAUGAAACAGUGGUGGGGCCAGGAGAUAUACUGUAUUUACCUAUGUAUUGGUGGCACCAUGUUGAAUCAUUACCUGACUAUGGACAUACUAUCUCUGUCACUUUUUGGUAUAAGGCUGGUCCAAUUGGGAACAUAGUUUACCCACUAACACCUCAACAGAAGGUGUCAAUGAUGAGGAAUAUAGAGAAAAUGAUUCAUCAAGCUCUCAAUGAUCCUGAUGAGGUUCCAGAAUUCAUGCAGAACAUGGUACUUGGUCGAUACACUGAGCCUCCUGCAUAGAAAGAAUAGAGGACAAUUUUUCUAUAAUCUCAAUUGUACUUCUUUUUUAAUUAUCUUCUCAUUUCAAGUAUGAAAGAAUAUUUAAAUGCAUUCUGCAAUUUCAAACAUUAUUCAAUUAUUGAAAAUUUUGUUAAGUAUAGAAAUGUCUUAUUCAGAUGGUAGUAUUUAUGCUUCAAAAGUCACUGGUUUUGUGUGCCUUUUGUUACAGAUAAUUGUCUUUGAUGUCUUAUUUUUACAAGUAUUUUUAUAAGCUUUUGAGAUUUUGUUACAAGAAAAAGACAUGUACAUAUUUGUUGUACGAAGUAUUAAACAAUAUACUGUGUGGUGAUUAUUGAACUGCAUAAGGAGAGUUAGAGACUAGCUUGAACUGUGAUAAGAAAGUGUUAUGAAACCAACAAUGUUGGAUAUAUUUUCAUUUUCCAAAUGUAAAAAGUUAAAUGUAUAUGUAUAUGUGCAUUAUAGUUUUGCUGUAUGAUUUAUUGCCAUUUUGUUUUACACAUAUCUUAAGACAAAAGAUGACAGAAAAUAAUUAUGUUGAUGUACAGUGUACAUGUAUAUACCAUGAUAUUUAGUAUGUACCAAUAUGAAUAAUGUCACUUAAAUUACUAACUAUCUUCAAAUGACCUAAUGUUUUGAGUACAUGUACAAUGUAGUUCAUUUUCUUAUCUAAUGCUAAAAUAAUUACCCUUGUACACCAAUGUAUGCUCUAAACGUUUUACAAGUAAGCACCUAUUUAGUCCAUUUAAUUUAGCAAAAAAUGUAGACCAAAUAUCAAACCGUUGCAACAGAAAAUAAAAUAUUCUUUUGAUAAUAAAUAGAAUAUAACAUGUUAAAAAUAUAUGAAGUAAAAAAUGUGUAUCUAAGAAAACUAAUAAAAGCAGAAUUACCUUUGGGAAUACUAAAAGGGGCGUAACUCUGUAAAUCCAUCAUUUUCUGCUGAAGUAAUCGAAAGAAAAUUCCUGUUUUUCAUGAUAGCUUAAUUGAUUAAAUGUUUUUGUUAUAGUGUAGAAGAUCAUUACUUCACAAAGAAAAUGUAAAAUUUGAAAUGGUUGCUUUUAAUUUAACUUUAUACUUUUUUGUUACCUGUACUUUGGAAAUGGUAGCAUUUUUCGAUAGCUAAUGAAAACAGCAUUUAGAAAGGAAUAAAAAUACAUAAAUUCCUUUAAAUUUUGAUUGUAUACAUUGAUCAUUUCAUUUACUUCAUAAAUACUAAAUAUGAUAAAAAUAAUUGUACAUAAAGAUUUAGAAACAAAAUUUAACCCAUGUACUAAUAAUGUCUAUAACCUUAAAAUUUUAUUCUGAGGCAUGGAAAUGCAACAUACAAUCUGAAAUGGGCCUACACAUUUGUAAUAAACUUUUUGCUAGCUAUAAAAGGAUCCAAUGCAUUUAUGAAUGUCAUUAUACACAGUUUAAUUUGCUUCCUCUUUCUUUAAAGUUGAAAAAUCUAGAUUUUAACCAAAAUUUUCUAUAAUGACAAGAGUUAUGCCCCUUUCUAUUGCAAGUUUAUGUAACCCAAAAUCCAAUUUUGUUAGAUUUUCUACCAGAUUUAUUCUGUGCAUUCUAGAGUUCAUUUGAAACAAAAAAAAUUGUUGCAGUUGUUUGAGUUUUAAUGAUAAAUUGACUAGAGUAACUGUUGGAAACAGAGGGUUGUACCUACAUAAACAUUUUUAAAAAUUGUACAGUUGAACUUCAGUAUCUCGAACACUGAUAUCUCAAAUACCAUGGAUAUGUCGAAGUGAUUUGGAAGUUCCAACCCCUUAUUCAUUAAGUAUUUUACCCUGGAUAUCUCAAAUCCUUGGAUAUCUCAAAGUUUUUUCUCGGACCCAUUGAGUUGUAGAUAACAGGGUUUGACUGUAUAUCUACAGAUAGGUGUCAGUGCAAUAAUUUAAACAGGUUUUGACUGACACAUUCUUAAAUGCUGUUCGAUAAAGUUCUACAAAGAAUACUUUUAUAAAUUGAAGCUGAUAAUGUUUAUUGAAUUUUAAAAUUACCUACGUUAACUUUUGAAUUGUAGUACAUGAUUUAAUGUAUUCAUGUACCUGUUUUCCAUUUGUGUUUUUUUUUCCUCAGAUUUUUUUUUACUAAAGGCAUUGCUUAAUUUAAUAUAAUUUGUUAGUCUAAAACACAGUUCACUAUAUAUGUAAGUACAUAUAAUUCAAUUGUUUGUAAAGAUAGAUCUUAAAAUACAUGUAAUGAAAUCCUGUGAAACAUAGUCAGUUGCUUACUACCAUAAAAUAUGAUGAUCAUCAAUUAUCACUUCUUAUUUUACAAACUUGGAAAGCUUAACACUUGUUGAUUUAUGGAAAAGAACACUGUUAUAUUUUUUCUGUGUCUUUGAAUAAAAGAAAAUAUAUA